GCUGCCAUCUCUUCUCGAGACCAAAUUUCAUCGUUACUACUCAAAAGGUGUCUCCGUCAACUCACGGCAAAAGAACAUAAACGCCGUCAAGUACCUAUUUUUUCUCCACUUAUAUAAAUGACCCACGGUCCGUCUUCUCUCUGUCUCUCCGUCAUCUUUCUUUAAAACAAAAACCGGAGCUCCGUACCAGUUCCCGGGUAACCCGCUUACCCGGAUUCUCGCCCCGGAUUUUGGAAUUUAUUUUUUUGUCUAUUCAAAUAUUUAAAGGUAGGCGGCUCCAAGAAGAGAAUAUUGCUGCUCUCUUUCUCCAUCUUGAUAUUUUUUUCAUUUGGAGUAACUUUGCUCCAAGAGAGUGACAAAUAUUUUCAGAUUUUUAUUUGAUUUUGCUCCAAGAAGAUGGAAUGAUCCGGUCAAAUAGUUAAGUUCCGUCUGUAAUUUCUUCUCCGAUUCUUGCUCAUCGCUAAACCGAGCUAAGGAACAGAGCUCAAUAAUAGCAUCACAAAAGCAAAUCCUCUCGAGUAAGUUUUCAGAUAAACACGCUUAACCUGCAGACAUCUAUACAAAAGAGCUUAAAGGGCAGAGCGCAUAAAGAAGAGUGCAAAGAUGUUUACUUGCAUAAACUGCACAAAAACAUCAGACAGAGACGAUGAAGACGAAGAUGGAGCGCGUGGGAGCACCACUCCCAACACUAAAGAAGCCGUUAAAAGCCUAACUACACAGAUUAAAGAUAUGGCGUCAAAAUUCUCUGGUGCUUCUAAACAAUCCAAGCCACCAUCUGGCUCCUCAAGCAGCAAUUUGAGGAGAGAGAUUAGAAAGUAUCCGGAUUUCGACGCUGCAUCGGAUAGUGUUCCAUACCCUUAUAUGGGUGGUGGUGGAAGCACGAGUUCAACUCCUGCUUGGGACUUCACAAGCUCCUCCCAUAAUCAAGGAGGACGGGCAGACUCAAGAUUCACAUCGAUGUAUGGCGGCGGUGAACGUGAAUCCAUCUCUGCUCAGUCGUGUGAUGUGGUGCUAGAAGAUGAUGAGCCAAAGGAGUGGAUGGCUCAAGUAGAGCCUGGUGUUCACAUUACAUUCGUCUCACUUCCCAGUGGAGGAAAUGAUCUUAAACGGAUACGUUUCAGCCGGGAGGUGUUUGACAAGUGGCAGGCUCAGAGGUGGUGGGGUGAGAACUACGACAGAAUAGUUGAGCUUUACAAUGUUCAGAGAUUUAACCGUCAAGCCCUUCAAACCCCUGGUAGAUCCGAAGAUCAGUCGCAGAGAGAUUCAACAUACACAAGAAUAGAAUCAGCAAGAGAAAGCAGAGACUGGACUCCAAGACACAACUACAGACCUCCAGGAGGAAGCGGCAGCAUCCCACAUCACUUCUAUGGACCACCAAUGGACGCAGCAAGAAUCACCACCUCAUCUAGGGACGACCCGCCUUCUGUCAGUAACGCUAGUGAAAUGCAAGCUGAGUGGGUCGAAGAAGACGAGCCUGGGGUUCACAUUACCAUCAGACAGUUACCUGACGGAACCAGAGAGCUACGCCGUGUCAGAUUCAGUCGGGAACGGUUUGGUGAAGUGCAUGCAAAGACAUGGUGGGAGCAGAACAGAGACAGGAUACAAACACAAUACCUCUAAGGCGGGGAAAGUGAGAGAGGGAGACCAAUGUUUAAUCUUCUUUAACAAAACAUCGGUAUACAGAAAACAGAAUGUGAUAUGAACACAAGAUGAGAAGAAAUUUUUGUUUUUAGAGGCUUGUAGUUUUAGUUUAGUUCUCGGCGUUUUGACAGAUAUGUAAUUUUCAGACAGAUGAGAUGAGGUUUUUAUUUUAUUGAUUCAUUCAAAAU